AGUUGUUGCAGUUUUAAUACUGCUGAAACAUGUGAAAGACACAAACUCUUACUACAAUCCCUUUGGGACACCCGGGGGUGUUGGAGUCACUUUUCUACAUCACAGAGUCAAAGAGACACAUUCAAGCAGUCCUCAACAGCACAUGCCGAAGAAAUUGAAUGAGAAUUGCAAACUUGCAAGAAACUAUUUGAAUAGGAGUUGUCCCGCAGUUUUAAAACAUGGGCAGUCUUCAGUUAGAAGAUUUUGUAGCUGGUUGGAUAGGAGGAGCUGCAAGUGUAAUUGUGGGGCAUCCUCUGGACACAGUAAAGACUCGUUUACAAGCUGGACAAGGAUAUGGAAAUACACUUAAUUGUAUCCUUACCGUGUACAGAAAUGAAAGUGUUGUUGGAUUCUUUAAAGGAAUGUCUUUCCCAUUGGCCAGCAUUGCGGUCUACAGCUCGGUGACGUUUGGUGUCUUCAGCAAUACUCAAAGGUUUAUUAGCCAGCAGCGCUAUGGAGAUUCUAACCAUGCCCCGGCACUCUCGGACUUGAUCGUUGCCAGCAUGGUAGCAGGGGUUGUCUCGGUAGGAAUUGGUGGGCCUGUGGACCUGAUAAAGAUAAGACUACAGAUGCAGACACAGACAUUUUUUAAAGCAAACAUAAACUUAAAGCACAGGGCAAUUGGGUUUCCCGCAUACAGAGGCCCAAUUCACUGUGUUAGUUCAAUCCUUCGGCAGGAGGGCUUAGCUGGAAUGUACCGAGGUGCCGGAGCAAUGCUUCUGAGGGAUGUUCCUGGGUAUUGCCUAUACUUCAUCCCUUAUACAGUUCUCUGUGGCUGGAUUACUCCCGAGGGAUGCAUAUCUCCUAGUCCCUCUUCUGUGUGGAUGGCAGGAGGUAUAGCAGGAGCAAUUUCCUGGGGGACUGCUACGCCGAUGGAUGUUGUGAAAAGUCGACUUCAAGCUGAUGGGGUUUAUUUAAACAAAUACAAAGGAGUCGUUGAUUGUAUCUCCCAGAGCUACCAUAGUGAGGGCUUAAAAGUCUUUGUUAGGGGCAUCACAGUCAACGCAGUGCGAGGAUUCCCGAUGAGUGCAGCCAUGUUUCUUGGAUAUGAACUUUCACGCAAAGCACUAAGAGGAGACCAAGCUGAGACCAAUCCUUAACAUCCAGCACAGAGCAAAGGAGCACAGAAGACUUAGAAACUAGACCCAUUAUCCUGCACCAUUAAGUCAAUGGGAGCUUUACUAUUGGCUUCAAUGAGCACAGGAUCAAGCCCCAGCAGAGGAAAGGGGGAAGAGCCAGCAGAACGUGCUGCCUGCUGUCCCCAUGUCUGAGCAUGCCCAUCUCUACCAGAGGAAGAACGUCUCCACCAUCAGUCUAGUCCCGGAUCCAUGUGGCUGGGGCCACUCUUACUGCUGGAUCCCAAUAAAACCUUCACAUUUGUUUGCCCUGCAAGAUUUCCCUAUUGUCUCCUUUAUUUCACCCUCCAAGGCUCAGUAACUGGCCAUCCCUGUAGUGCCAUUUCAGCCAUUUCAGCCUGCUCCUAUCCCCAACGUUCUCCCAGUACUACUCCAGGAUUGGACACAGAAGACCAGCCCUGUUUGAGAAACACUGGCCUAAAUAUUAACUCAAAGCUGGAAGCUGCAGGAGGGCACCCAAAAUUGCACUUUCACGCAGCUUACACAUUAACAUGUGAUUAGCUCUGACACAUGGUAUUGCAGAGAGCAAUGAAGACGAUCUGCCUUUAACUCUUUAUUUCUAGGGACAUUUUUUUUUAUGGAAAGAUGAAAAUAUAAAUCAAA